AUGGACUACAAAGAAGUCAAGAUCCUUCCGUACCUGCACUGUGUAAAAGAGCUAUGCAAGAAGUUCACAAAGAUCGAGUUCAAGCACAUUCCCAUGAUCCAGAACGAGUUUGUCGACGCUCUCGCAACCUUGUCAGCCAUGAUUCAAUAUCCAGAUAAGAAUUACAUCGACCGUAUCAAGAUAGAGACCAUGGAUCAACAUGCGUACUAUUUUCAUAUAAACAAAGAGCCAGAUGGUAAGCCGUGGUACAACGACUUCAAAAGGUUCCUUGAAUCAAGUGCUACUACUAAUCAGAAGCGAGCGCUUAGAAGCCUGACAAAUCACUUUUUUCUCAACGGGGAAGUCUUAUAUAGGAGGACACCGGACUUGGGUUUAUUAAGAUGUUUUGAUGCGGUUGAAGCAACCAGAUUGCUAGAAAUGCAUGCAAAAACGUAUGGACCACACAAGAACGGCUUCACCUUAACCAAGAAGAUUUUAAGAGCCGGAUACUUUUGGAUAACCAUGGAAAGCGAUAGUAUCCCAUAUGUGCAGAAGUGUCACUAG